GCACUAUGCAUUUUUUGAUAACUAUGUAACCUGCAUAAAUUGUGCUAGUCCACAUGGUUCUCCAUCCAAAAAGUUUGUUGUUAACAAGAGCAGACCUGCUAAGUUUGAAGAUGCUCUGUUGAUGGAAGGGAAUCCUGAGUCAUAUAGUCUACCAAACUCUGGUCAUAAAAGCUGCUUGUUUGCACUAAGUUCAGAGAAUUUCCUAUUUUGUAUUGACCUAGAAAAUGGAAAGAUUUUUGAGGAAGUAUAUAUUGGAUCAACCACUGUAAAAUAUAAAAAAAUCUUGUGGAAUACUGUAGAUGAAAGUUUUACUCUUUGCUCCCAGUUAAACCCUAAAGAUGGAGUUCUCCAGUCUCAGGAAGUUGUACAGUUAACUGUCAUGUCAUGUUUGCCACUGGAGAUUUGCUGCAAAUUUUCUGUCACAAAACAGGUGUUUGGCCAUGAUGUGGUUGAUGCCUCCAUCUUCCUCAACAUUCUUGUAGUCAUGCACAAAUCCAGCUACGUGCGCAUGUACAGCCUGGAAAAACUUGUGGCAGAGAAUUUGACACAUCCACAAAAAUUGUUUGAGAAAACAGAUACAGAUUCAAGGGUUGGAAUGUAUCCAACUGGUAUCUCACACACCCUCCAGCUCUCUGCCUGCCCAAUCUGCCUGUUUGAAGUCCGAUGUUGGAAUGGAGACGUAAUGUUGACCAUGCCUCCCUGUUACUAUCUUAUGUGCCCUUAUAAAGAAGAUAAAGGUUACUGCUGCUUCUCCUUUGAGACAAAACAAAUGAUCCAUGGAGGUCAUCUUGAAGCUGAAGAUGAUGCGUUGAAUGAAAGAGUUAGCUUGCAUGCAGAUGAUACAGGCCGGAUCAUUCACAUGAAGAAUAAAGAGCUCAGAGUUUUAAAAAUUGUACCUAUACAAGAAAGUAAAGAAAGAGAGUUGGUUGAGGAUUUUGUCAUUACUGUUCAAGAGGCGACCAAGCCUCAACUCCCAACAAUAACAAUGUCUGGUAGAGUUGUUAAACCAAGGAAAAAAGAAAAUUGUGUUGAGAUUGUUGAUAGGUCUGUAUUGACAAUGGUCUACAGCGAAGAGUUGGAUAUGAUGCUAGUAGUGUCUACUGUCACUAAGGGGGAUCAUUUGAGCACUGUUCUUGGUUUCUAUGACAAUUGGAAUGGGCAAAUGCUGUCCCAGUUUACCCUUGAACCCUGCACCUUGGAGGUCCUAGAGCGUUCUGUAUGUUUUUAUUUUGACACUGUGACGCAUGUGAUCAAGAGAUAUGAUGGCAGAUUUGAAUGCCAAGUUUUUAAACUUCAACCUAAGCUAGACAUGGCUGAUGAAUGGAAGGGGAACAAACUGUGUACAAAAGAAAGAAACAGAUAACAGAGCUCUAAGUUUUAAACUAACCAGGUUGAAAGUAUUAUCCAAUCUUAAGGGCAGCCUAAAUAUUCAAUUCUUUUAGCAGCUUUUAAUACAUUCAUAUUUUGACUGAAAAUUAAAUGUAUUUUAUAUAAA